CAGCUCACCCUCCACCCUGUUGCUCACACCCACCACCUUUCCAGGAGGGUUUGGUGAUUGGCGGACCAUUUUCUGGGAAGUUGGUGGUUUGUUUCAGGACUCCAGGAGGGUCGCAAGAUUUUCUCUAAUAUGAGAUGUUAUGGGACCUUUGAAGCCUGAAUCGAGUCAGAAAUUUUCAGCUAUGGAAUCUGAACAGGGGAGUGGACCUGCCAGUGAGCUAAAGAGACAUCCUAUUGUUGCAGCCGACGCUGGUGAUCUUUCCACCCCAGUCGGAGAUUUAGGGUUUUCAAUAUCACUGUCUAUGUCGUCGUUGUCUUCAUCCUCAUCUGCUACGUCUGACUCUUCUUCUGAAGAUCUCUUUGGAGUAAAUUCUGCUGACGAACCCAGCAAGUGCACUGCAUGUUCUAGCAGCUGUCUUAAAACUGAUGAAAACCUCCAAUUAGUUUCCGAAAGUUAUGGAAAUAAGAUCCUUGUUGCUUCCAUUCCUAAACAUGAACAAUCUAGUGAACCAUUAGGACCCAUAUUGCCAGUAUUUUCUGGUCAUACUCCAGAAGUGAGCUUAAACAAGGCCUCAGAGACACAAUCCCCUCCAGAAGUGAGCUUAAACAAGGUCUCAGAGACACAGUCCCCUCCAGAAAUGAGCUUAAACAAGUUCUCAGAGAUGCGGUCCCCUCCAGAAGUGAGCUUAAACAAGGUCUCAGAGACACAGUCCCCUCCAGAAAUGAGCUUAAACAAGGUCUCAGAGAUGCGGUCCUCUCCAGAAGUGAGUUUAAACAAGGUUUCAGAGAGGCAGUCCCCUCCAGAAAUGAGCUUAAACAAGGGCUCAGAGAUGCAGGCCCCUCCAGAAUUGAGCUUAAAAAGGGUCUCAGAGAGGCAAGCCCCUCCUGAAAUGAGCUUAAACAAGGUCUCAGAGAUGCAGUCCCCUCCAGAACUGAGUUUAAACAAGGUCUCAGCGGCGCAGUCCCCUCCAGAAGUGAGCUUAAACAAGGUUCCAGAGACACAGUCUCCUCCAGAAAUGAGCUUAAACAAUUUCUCAGAGAUGCAGUCCCCUCCAGAAGAGAGCUUAAACAGGGUCUCAGAGACGCAGUCCCCUCUAGAAGUGAGCUUAAACAAGGUUUCAGAGAGGCAGUCCCUUCCAGAAAUGAGCUUAAACAAGGUCUCAGAGACGCAAUCCCCUCCAGAAGUGAGCUUAAACAAGGUCUCAGAGAUGCAGUCCCCUCCAGAAAUGAGCUUAAACAAGGUCUCAGAGAUGCAGUCCCCUUCAGAACUGAGCUUAAACAAGGUCUUAGAGACGCAGUCCCCUCCAGAAGUGAGCUUAAACAAUGUCUCAGAGACGCAGUCCCCUCCAGAAGUGAGGUUAAACAAGGUCUCAGAGACACAAUCUCCUCCAGAACUGAGUUUAAACAAGGUCUCAGAGGAGCAGUCCCCCCCAGAAGUGAGCUUAAACAAAGUCUCAAAGACGCAGUCCCCUCCAGCAAUGAGCUUAAACAAGGUCUCAGAGAUGCAGUCCCCUCUAGAAGGGAGCUUAAACAGGGUCUCAGAGACACAGUCCCCUCCAGUCCAGGUAAUGGAGCGACCUGGUGAACCUGCUCAAGAUAGGAUUCCAUCAUCUGUAUUUACUAGAACCAAUACCACUACCCCAAUGGAAUGGAGUGUUGCCUCAAAUGAGUCUUUGUUCAGCAUUCACAUGGAGAAUAUGAGUUUCACAAAAGACCAUAUUUUCCUGCUCGGUAGAUCUGGAGAGCUGGGUAGAACUGGAGAUCCUUCCAUGCCUGGCCAGUUUAUUAACUUCCCUUCAGUUAACAGAGCAACUGACAAUGGAAAAAAAAAUGGUAAUCUCGGAGAGGGUUUAGGUGUAACUGAAGCAGCUGCUGAGACAAUGAAGGAGGUUUUAAGGGCGAACAUAAAUCGACAUAGCAAGAAGUUGCCCCCUUUCAAGGAAGUGCCGUAUUCUGGUAGCAUUUCUUCGGAGGAGAGCGUGGCCAGUCAUAAAUCUUUUGCAUUUCCAAUAUUGACAGGAGAGGGAUCAAAAAGUGGUACAGUGAAGAAGGGCUCACGACAGCCACGGGUAAAGUCAGAGUCAGAACAGCGGUCGCCACCACAAACCCCAGCAAAAUCUGCAAAUGGAGCUAAGAAAACAUGGUAUUCUUGCUUCUCCUAUUGCCCAAAGUGUUGUUGAGAGAGAGAAUGGAUUACUUGUAGUUGCUUGCCUUCUGCAACAAAUAGUCAAUGCAGCUAUGUCCCUGUUGAUUGCUAGGAUAUCUAUGCAGGCUUCUUAUAUAGUUUCAAGCAUCUCAAGUUCUGUAGAAAAUGCAGAAGAUGGAGAAAAUAAGAGAUGUAGUUAGCUGAAGGGAUGUAUCACAUAUGUUGGGAUCCAAGUACAUAAACUGUCAUUUGCAAUGAGAACAGUGUAAGUUCGUUUAGUUUUGCUAGAAAAAAAAAAAGGAGUUCAGUGAAUAUUAUUUGGGGUAAUUACACUGCUA